AUGGUAGAUAACAAGGAUGCCAACACAAAAGUGCAAUUCCAAAAGAGAGAAGCUAAAGUUGCCCGAUGUGAAUUAUGGGCUAAUUACUGUUUUCCUCAUGACUCUUGGUGGUCACCAGAAUUUCAAAACAAGCUUCAUUCUAAGCAUUUAAUGUUGUGCACUAAACAUUUUAAAAAAUCAUCAUUAAUUGAUAAUUUUGGAAAGAGGCUAGUCAAAUCUGCAGUACCUGAUGAGGAAUGUGAUAAGAUCACAUUAGCUGACCUUAAUUUGGAACAAAGGAAUGUCAUUCAACAUAUUGCGGGUCCACCAACUACUAAACAACCACUGUCUGAAAAUAUUCAGAAGACUAUAACUGUUCCAAAUGUAUUUGAGCCGGUUGCGGGUCUGUCAAAAUGUAUGCAACCCUUGUGUGAGAAUGUGCAUUAUAAGACCAUUCCUGACAAAAUUAGUGCUAUUCCUCAAGUUACUGAGAAUAUCAACCCUGUUGCUGCUGCAAAUCCAUUCACGAAAAACAAAAAGGAUAAAGAUAUGUUGAUAAAAAUGAAAUAUCAUCUGAGAAAAAUUAACAGGCUUCAAAAAACUGUAAAGCAUCUAAAGAAUGAAGCAUUUCUCAAAGUAUUGAGCAAAAAUGAUUCAGUAAAUUAA